AUGACGACUGAAAAUUGUAGCUUAAUUUCUUAUGGUCAGUCCGAUUAUGGUGCUGCGCAAUCAAUAUCUGCUUCUGCGCUUGAGCCCAUCGAUCCUGUCACAUUAACAUGGCAUAAUAUUUGCAUCCGCGCCAAAAAUGGGAAAGAAAUUUUGCGAAAUGUUAAUGGGAUCGCUCGUCCAGGUCAAUUACUGGCGCUAAUGGGUGCGAGCGGUGCAGGAAAAACCACAUUGCUCAAUAUGCUCUUGGCGCGAAAUUUAAAAGGUCUUGAAGCUAGUGGAAGUGUCAAAAUAAAUGGGCACGAGCUUGGACGUAAAAUCACGGCAAUUUCUGGCUAUGCUCAACAGGAUGAACUGUUUGUUGGCACUCUCACUGUGAAAGAAUACCUAAAUAUUCAAGCGGAAUUAAGAGUUAAUGGUGAUAAAGAAAAGAGAAGACGACGAGUGAUGAGUGUUAUGACACAACUCGGAUUGUAUAAAUGCCAGAACACCAGAAUUGGGACUAUUGGAGGAAAAAAGGGAAUCUCGGGCGGCGAAAUGCGAAGACUCACUUUUGCCUGUGAGCUUCUUUCUAAUCCUCCGAUUCUUUUCUGUGAUGAACCGACCACCGGGCUUGAUUCGUAUAUGGCUGAAUCUGUCGUGCAAGUACUCAGCAAUCUGGCAAAAUCUGGAAGAACCGUCAUUUGCACUAUUCAUCAACCUUCUUCUCAGCUCUAUCAAAUGUUUGAUCGAGUAAUGUUCAUGGCAGGUGGCAGAACCGCAUUCCUAGGGUCUCCAAAAGACGCUGUGCAGUUUUUCGAGGAUAGCGGCUACACAUGUCCGCAUAAUUAUAAUCCAGCCGAUUUGAUCAUUCACACAUUGGCCGUAAUUCCGAACGAAGAAGAAGAAUGCUGGCAAAGAAUUGAAGUGAUUUGCACAAAAUUCACUCGCAGCUCCUACGGUAGAAGCCUUGAAAAUCAGCUUCAAAGUCUCCAUGAGGGCUCUUUGCCAUCAAGCCGAAAGAAAAUGGGUAUAGCCACUCAAAUUUCAGCGCUCCUUCGACGAGCUACCAUCGAUACAUGGCGAAAUCCGUCGCUUACACGAGCAAAAGUCAUUCAAAAGACUAUAAUGGGAUUAUUCAUUGGGUUGUUGUACUUACAGAGUCCACUAACAUCCGUUGGAAUUUCAAAUUUGAAUGGAGCACUUUUCUAUCUUGUCUGUGAACUAACAUAUUCGACUAUUUUUGGAAUUCUUAAUUUUCUUCCCACCGAUUUUCCGCUCGUCUCCCGCGAAUAUCACGAUGGCCUCUAUUCUGUGUUCAGCUACUACGUCGCACGCUGUGUUUCAUAUCUCCCCCUAUUCACCGCUGAUGGUUUAACCAUGCUUUUGGUCUCAUAUUGGCUAGUCGGCUUUUCUUCAUCACUCACACAAGUGCUCUACGCUUGUUUGAUCGCGUUUCUAAUCGAGCAAUCUUCCUCAGCAUGCGGAAUUAUGCUCUCAUGUAUCUCACCAAACAUGCCGGUCGCCAUGUCGACCGCUGGACCUCUUCUCACCCUGCUUUCUCUAACUGGAGGUCUUUACGCAAAUGUCGGAGCCCUCCCGCCAUACAUUGGCUGGAUUCAGUACCUGUCAUGGUUCCGAUAUGGAUUUGAAGCUUUUGCGAUUAAUCAAUGGAGCAGUGUGAAUGAGCCAAACUCGACAUCGUGGUCAGAUCAGAAACGAGAUGAAAUUCUUUCGCAACUCAGCUUCUCGGUCGAUAUGUUUUACCCAGACCUCAUAAUAAUGUCCGCGUUUAUUUUGUUUUUCUAUGCUAUCGGUUAUGCGGGAUUGGCUUAUCGUGUAAGCAAAGCUCGUUAA